CGUGAAGUUCCCGGGUUCGCUAAGGAAAUCAGGCAGUCAACAGAUCAAAGAAACGAGACGAAAAUGGUUAAAGUGGCGACGUUCUUCGCGAUGACAUUGGGUGCCUUCGCUUUCUGGCAGUCGAUGGAUAGAAUCCAUGUCUGGAUAGCUCUCCAUCAAGAUGAGAAGAAAGAGAAAAUGGAGAUGGAAGCAGAGAUCAGGAAGAUGAGGGAGGAUCUGAUCAAAGAAAACAAGCAGCGAGAGUCACUUUCCAAAGCUGCGUGAGCUGCAUCUAGCCAUUGUUGUUGUUUUUAAAUAUCCAUUCGAACCAUAAGAGAUUCAAGAUUCAAUUGUGGUUUUCAUAAGUCAAGCUGAUUGUAAUGAAUGUAAUCAACAAAGUCUAGUUUGGACAUCUCUGUAUCUCUCUUUCUACAUUUGGCUUGGAAUGUAUUUGGAUUUUGAAAGGCUCUCUUGCAAAACCUAGCUGCUUCUAAGAUUGAGUAAAUCCCAAUUGUGGGACUUGUCUCAUUGUCUGUGCAGUUUAUUUGUUCUUUUGCAACCCGUGUUAAAUCAGCGACCUUUCAAUUUUAUUGAUAUUGUUGUGGUUGUAUUAUGUUUGAGUUGCCAAUGGGUAGGUUUUG